AUGGAAAAUGUCUCUUAUGCCAAUGUAAUAGGGUCAGUCAUGUAUGCCAUGAUUAGCACCAAGCCUGACCUCUCCUUUGCCAUGUCUUUGCUGAGUUGUUUUAUGACCAAUCUUGAGUCAAAACACUGGUUUGCUCUUAAAUGGGUCCUAAGGUAUAUUAAUGAUACUUCACAUGUUGGUUUGGAAUACUGUAAAAGAUAUAAUUCACUUGAUCUUGUAAGCUUUGUAGACUCUGACUUUGCAGAUGAUAAAGACACAAGGAAGUCAACCACCUCUUAUUUCUUCACGUUAGGAAGGAAUUGUGUGAGCUGGAAAUCCCAACUUCAGCCUAUUGUAACACUCUCCUCAACUGAGGCAGAGUCUGUGGCCAUCGCUAAUGUGUUCAAGGAAGCACUAUGGCUUUAA